CGCAAAUAUGAAUAGAAACAUAAAAUCGCGGUAUGCCCCUGUGAGAGAGAAAAAGAAGAGAGGCGAAAAUGGACUCCCUCUAGUAUACCCAACUUCCCAACAGAAAAUUGACUCUGGCUAUGAUGUUUCCUCUCAAGAGGAGGUUGGUCUUGACAAGACUACCACAAGUAGUGUAAUGAAAACCUUGGCAAAAGUUACCAAGAAUAAAACUGCUAAAUCUUCUAAACUAAUUACUACAAAGUCUAAGAGAGAAGCUGUGAGUAAGAAAUAUCAGGGUCCUUUUAAAUAACGUAACCAAUGCUCCAAAGACCAAAGAGGAGAGGGAGCUGGCCCAGAAAUAAGAAUCAUGGGAGAAAGCUCAAAAAUCAACUUCUCACUUCAAAAGAGAUGGUAAGGAAACUUAUUAUUGAAUGCGUUGAUUUGCAACAUGCCAGCAACAGAGAGAGUGAAAAUAGAGAGAUGCAAAUCAACGAUCUUGAGAUGCAGCUGCUCCUUCUCCAAAUAGCAGGCAAAGAAAAUACGGAGAAAAAUAAGAAGGUUCAAGAAGAAACCGAGUUUUGUGACCAAGAAUACAUGAAACAAAUGGAAGAAUCAGAACAAUUUGAUUGCCAAAUCAACCAGCUGGAUGAAGAGAUUGCACAGCUUGCCCAAGAAAAGCAGGAGAUUUCAAUGGAGAUUGAUGGCCAGAGUAAAGCGAUCAGCCAUAUGGACCUCAGGGUCAGAGAAUCAGCUCUUUACAAACAGCAAACAGAGGAUUUUUAAUAAGAAAAUUAGAGAUCAGUAUCACCUGUUAAGAGAGAAAGAAAAUUUCACAAUUAGGGAGACAAUCAAAGACGAGAGUUUUAUCUUCCUUCUGAAAGAGAAUAUCUACUCUUUUGCAGUGUUCAAGGAUUAUUGGAGUGAAGAUGAUAACCCUUUGUACGAUCCUUCUAUGAAGAUUACUAAGUACAACGAAUUGUCAGUAACUCAAGGUGGGAUAGAGGAGAGUAAGCUAAAAGAAGAGCCUUUUAAGAUCGAUAGGAUACUCCAUGACAACAGUUUCAAGUACUUGCUCACACCUGAAGAGUACCUUUCGAAAAGAGUUGACUUCAUUUUGGAAUACUUGUGGAAAGAACCUGAGCUCUGGAAUAACAUCCAAGACCACUUCGCUAAAGUUGUACUUUUGGUUGGUAACAAGUCUUUUCCGAUAGUUGAAGCUCUUCUUGAAGUUGCUGAACAGAGAAUUUUGAGAAGUGCUCAAGAAGAUUUCCAAGCUAAAGCUUAUUAUUACUUUGGAGAAGAACAAAGGAAAAUUUUUCAGUGGAAUAACCGAGGAGAGGCUGCUGUCUCAUGUGAGAGAGGUUCUCUGAAAAAUGCAGUACUUAAAGAAAUUGAUAGAUUUUAUGAACAAUGUGAUUCGAAGCUGUUUGAAUUUGAGAUUCAACUUAAAGUUGAUGAUAUUUUUAUUAAAGCAGGCAAAGCGAAUACUAUUGAAGAUUGCCUCAAAGAAGCCACAGUUAGUAUCUCCAUAAUGGCUAUUCUCCCAGAUACAAAUCUCCUCAACAUCCUUGCCAAGAAGGCAGAACUUAUGAAAGCAAACAGUGUAGGAAGUGACAAGAAGAGAGGCAGACUUCAAACUGAACUGUCUCCUUUGGAAGAGGAACAGGUGAAGGAUUUCUCUAAUUUCUUCAAUAUGCUGAAUACACAGAGUCCGAUGCACAGACCUCUACCGGCCCCUCUAAUAUCUAUGAGUUUUGUGGACUACAGAUUUUUGGUCAAUAAGAGCUCGCCAAUGACGGCUAUUGAAAAGGAAGAGGCCUGUAAUUUCCUUAAAUUUCAGCAAGAAUUUUCCAAUCUGAGAGUAUCCAAAACUCGAUCAUUCUUUGAAAAGAUGGUUCAUUUAGGAUAA